CUCAGAAGUGUCGACAAAUUCUGUGACCCAUCACUACACCAUUGAUGAUACUAUUCUCUAUGCACUCUCUGUCGGUGUUUCUACCCGUGAAUCAAAACAUCUGAAUUUUCUCUAUGAAUGUAAUGAAGAAUAUUCAGUGAUUCCUAGUUAUGGAGCCGUAAUAGGUUUGAAUGCAAUGGCAGAGAGCGCUAUAAUACACGACGCGAUGACUGCUUAUAAAAUUAGAGGCGAUUUGACUAAAGUUAUACACGGCGAGCAUUAUUUAGAAGUGGUUAAACCCAUUCCUCCCUCUGCCACUCUUACAUCAAAACCUAAAAUCGUUGACGUAUUAGACAAGGGUUCCGGUGCUCUGUUCAUAAUAGGAGUGGAGACAUUUGAUGAAAACGAAUCGCUUAUAUUCUACAACCAAAUGGCCCUGUUUAUGGUGGGCGCCGGUAAUUUUGGCGGCAAAAGAACCAGUCCUGACACCAGUAUUAAGCCAUUAGUAGAGGCGCCUAAAAGAGAUCCUGAUGCGAUUGUUUUGGAAAAAACUUCCUUCGAUCAGGCGGCUAUUUAUCGUCUUUGUGGUGACAAAAAUCCUCUACAUAUCGAUCCC